UUUGGAAAUUGAUCCAACUCAUCUUGCAAUCCAGCCUCAAAGGAAGCUGAAGAACAAUGGCCUCCUUCAGCAACCUGACUAUUGGCAUUGCUGUUGCCAGUUUUACUAUAUUUCAGCUCCUGUUCCACUUUUUCAGUUCUUGGGCGUCAACACGAAUAACACCUGGUUUUAAGAAUCUCAGCCAAAAAAGGAAGAUCGAAUGGAAUUCAAGGACAGUGUCCACAUUCCACGCCUUGGUGGUUGGAGGGUUUUGCCUGUAUAUUUUAUUGUACGAUGAUGCUGUUAAUGCUGACCCUCUCUGGGGUGACCCUUCAAUUGUGAAGCUGAAUAUUGCUAUUACCACAGGCUACCUCAUCUCUGAUCUGUUGCUUAUUAUUUUCUACUGGAAGGCAAUUGGUGACAAAUUUUUUGUAAUACAUCACUUGGCAGCUCUGUAUGCUUACUAUUUUGUACUGAGCGAAGGUCUGCUGGCUUAUUUUGGAAACUUCCGUCUCCUUGCAGAGUUCUCCACUCCUUUUGUCAAUCAGCGGUGGUUUUUUGAAGUACUGGGAUAUCCCAAAUCUUCAAAGGCCAACAUCAUCAAUGGUAUGCUGAUGACAGUUGUGUUCUUCGUGGUGAGGAUUGCCGUCAUGCCUGUAUAUUACAGCCAUGUCAUUUCUUCAUUUGGAACAGAAGGUUUCAGGAGAUUAGGAUUUGCAGCCCAGAGCGCCUGGAUUAUCUCAAGUGUUGUCUUGGAUAUUAUGAAUGUGAUGUGGAUGAUCAAAAUUGCAAAAGGAUGCUGCAAGGUCAUUGGUCUUAUUGGACGGGAGGAAGCGAAAACUCACAGAAAUGGAAAAUCUGCCUAGAAAUCAUACCUAAAAUAAAUUUCUGCUAUGAAAAUAAUUUGAGUUCACUGAAACAGUGCACAUUUCUGCCAUGGAAUGCUCCUGUCAUGGAAACAAGGUAUUACCUCUGUACUGACCUUACUCUUUCCCUAGCCACACUGCCUGCACGCCCAGGGCCACGCUUUGCGGAUCCUGUCCAGCGAGGAACAAGAGCAAAAGCUCUCACAGAUGAGUUCCACAUGCCUGUUCCAAGCAGCUGCAAGCAUCAGAAAUUAGAAAGGAGCAGACUGGUUACUUGCUUAUUGUCCACCAGUGUGUUCAAAGUGUUUCUCUCAGGUUUCUCCGAUUAAAAUGUUUUAUAAAUCCAGUGAAUACUGACAUAUCUGUUUUUUUAGAAAAUGAAAAAUUCCCCAAACUCCUGAUAUGGUGCAAUUUUCCAGGCACGUUUCUAUGUUUUCUUCUAGGAAAAACAAUCAAGAUUUCAUUCUUGACAACUUUUUAAUUUUUGCAAGAAAAGCUAAAAAUUUGGCUUUGAUUCUAUGAAGUCUUUUACUGCUUUUUGUUCUGCCUUAUAUGAAUGCAAACCAUUUGGGGAAAUUUAUGAAAUAGUUUUAUCUAAAAUGCUGUAUUAUAAGACCACAUGAUAUUUUAAAAGCUGUUAAAAUUCUCACUUUGAUGGGAGGAAUUCCCAUUUGCUGUGCUAGGUUAAUGCAAUAGUACAUUAAAUUCCCUGUGGAACUUUUUUUGUAAGUUAAUAUGGUAGAUGAUGUGUGGAAAUGGCAUAGUUCUUACUGAAGUGCUUUUUCAUUUGCUGCUACUACCUUUGAGAAGUGCUGUAAUUCUUCUCAGAGUAUUUUUAACCAUUGGCUAUUUGGAUUCAAAGUUUAAUUGCAAAGAUAUAAAAAUCUUCCGUAUAUGUGAUGUGUAAGUAAUAUUUUUUUCUUUUACCACAAAAACGACCUAUUUGGUAGGAAGCAUUGAGAGUUUUUGUCACAUUCUCCUUGUUAAUCAAGUCAGAAAUCUGAGGUGUGACUAAGAACACUCUUGAAUUAACUGUGCCAAACUCCUCUAAAGCUGUGUGGUAAUUCUGUAGAAGGGAGAGUUGACCUCUGUAGACACAAAUUUUAUUUUUGUUUUUAGCUACGUUUGUCAAUAGAUACUCAGUUACUCUGUCUGUGAACUUGAAGGCUUGGAGGUCAUCAGGGAAGAAUCUCACUGUUUAGGAAUAGUCCUAAAUCUCAUUUAUGAUGCAAUUUGAGGAAAUUCUGAGCUAUGUUUUAUUUAAAAUUAUUUUGAGAGCUAUAUUUAUGUGUAGUUUUGUUUUGUUUUGCUUCUUUUAACUAGAAUUGUGACUGAUUAACUUCUGUUUUAUUCCCUUGGUGUAGGCGUGCUAAAAACAAUCAUUUUCACAGGCACUUCAGCACACAUCCUAAUUAUUGUAGCAAUCUGUUAAAGCAGUUUAUUUUUAAACAGGAAGCAUAUUUACCCCGUUUUGGGUGAUUAGUCCUGUUCCCUCUGACAGAGCUGGGUGACACGAGCUCUGCUCUCCAGUCAGAGUGUGAGUGCCCCGUGCUGGCCUCCCUGGUGAGGGACUUGGACUUGCCAUUCCCCUCUCCCAGAAAUUGCAUGUGAGACCCAAGAGUUCUGCAUGGGCUGGAAUGCUUUAACCAAGGCAGCUGCAGGGAGUUUAGUUCCCCACUUAAAAUGCUGUUCCUUUCUAAAAUCGAGUAAAUCCAAACAUUUUGGAGAAGUAUGCUUCCAAAUAGAAGUCUGCCUUUCUUUUUAGGGAAGUGGGGUGAAAAAAAUUGAGAAAAUCAUUUGGAGCAACUCUUAGGGUUGAUAAUUCAUGAAAAGUCUUUGAAAUUUAUAAUUUCUUACAUUGAUUUUAAUAUUUCAGUAUUUUAAAUAUUUUGUUCUCAGUGGAGGCCAUUCAUUAAAAUGAUCUACUUCUUCCACUUCUAGAUAGACUUGUGUUUGAUAGGGGGGAAAAAAAAAAGUAAGUCAAGCUAUAAUAAAAUUGAUGUUAAAACUAGAUUUAGAAACAAAAAACAAUCCAAAGUUCUGCAUACUACACUUUGGCCAACAAUCCAGGAUUGGAGGGCAGUGGGAUAAUUCUUUUAGAACAGCUAGUAUUUUGGAUUGCUGCACAAAAUGAAAAAUCUAUUUUG